AUGUUCAGGUCAAUCCGCAGGGCGGCUUUUGCAGCGAGUGAGUUUUCGGACGCUCUUGGUUAGCCGUUCUUACAUUAGUUCUUCUUCCACACACUCUUUUUCCGGGUUUCAUCCCUGCAACCGAUGUAUUAGUCUAAAUAUGAAUCCUGUGGUGUCUUCUUUCGGCACCUGACGUCUUCUUGAUUUUACUGAGUUAUAGAGCAGCUUCCUGUAAGUGAGUGCGCGCGAUUGCCCGCAGUAACAGUUAAUAUAGGCAAGAUCGCACCACAAAUCCUUUUUCUCGCGACUUCUGCCACUGUUCCCCGACUAGCCUUCUGGUAGAGACCAUCCACUGUACGUCACGGACGAUCACUCAAGGUAACCGGCAAUCGAGUCGGCAAGCAAAUUCGAUCUCCCAAAAUGAAAUGACAAAGCUCAUAUCCAGUCGAUCGAAGGACCUACAUUUGUAUUACGGUAGUAUCGGACGGGCAUCUGUCUGCCCCGCGAAUUGUUUGUUGGGUCCAAAAUGAGAUAGCAGAUCAGCAUCAUAAUAUUAAACGCGAAGAGACUUUUAAGUCUGCUUAUAGCGAAAGGGGAAGCUAAAUGGUACGCAAACUAAGACUGAGGAGCACAGGCGUAGGCAAAACGUCGAGUGGGGAGUCGGAAGAGCGUAACAUAAACCUCUAACCUAGCUCUAAGUGGGUUCGUCGUGCAAGGGUCAAGAGAGAUUCGGUAGUAGCAUGAGUCGUUGUAGCAAGUAUUUGACACUACGCAACAUUGAUAGCAUAAUGCGCUGCAGUCUUGCAGUUGUUUUUGAUCAUUGUAUAUAAGGAAUCCCCAGGUGUGAAUAGAUUUGGCAACUAUUUAAUGCCCGGUUAACCAUCUGCAUACCCAGUAACUGACCAGCUUUUCACUAACCCGGUCAUCAUUGUUUAACAGAGUAGGAAUAUGGUAGCCUUCUUGGAAGUAGUCAGUUCGUUUGUAUCUCGUAGCUAACGGUUCAUCCCUUCUUUUGUUCACAAGCUUUCCCACAGUUCAAGCGUACUAAUUAUGCGAGUACGCGCAAGUACCUUCUUCUGGACGAGUCGACAAAAUUGAUCUGCCAGGGCUUCACUGGAAAACAAGGGACAUUCCAUUCUCAGCAGACGCUGACUUAUGGAACAAAGUUGGUUGGUGGCGUUUCACCGGGCAAGGGCGGGAAGACGCAUCUCGGUCUUCCUGUUUUCAACACCGUUGGGGAAGCAAAGGAGGCCACCGGCGCUACAGCAACUGUUAUAUUUGUCCCUCCGCAGUUUGCCGCAAAGGCGAUCGACGAAGCUAUGGAGGCAGAAAUGCCACUUAUUGUUUGUAUCACAGAGGGCAUACCUCAACAUGAUAUGAUUCACGUCAAGCAUCGUCUACUUCGGCAAGUAUGUUCCUUUUUACUGGCCACAUUCGGUAAAUAGGAUUUAUUUUGUUGGUUUCCCGACGAAAUAGUUGAACUUUCUUCCUCCUGGCUGUCAUUUCUCUGCUUAACGAUCCUCUUAGCUAGUUCCAGUUUUACUGUGUUUUGUCCCGCCAUUCCAAAAAUAAAUUUAAGGAACGCCUAGUCUUUCAUUCGCAUACCUAAAACUACUCAUAGAUUUACUGUCCUUGAGUUUUUAAUGCCGUAAAGUCCCCCCUGAACCAGGAUCUUUGGGGACUAUGCCACUACGACUUUGGUGUAAAAGCUUAAUUUGCAGCUCGGCGCCCACGGUUCAUGUUUAUUGUGGGAAUACGGCCUCCAUAAUCAGUACUGGAAAGCAACUAAAUGGAUAUCUGUCGCCGUUAAAAGCUUUUGAUAUGUCCUGGUGGCUACUGAAACGCUGAUUUUGGUUUUCCUUUCCGGAUCAUACCUCUGCAGCGAUUCAGAUUCCAGCUCAUCCUCACAUCAAGAUGGUUGAAAGUAACUCUGCUACUUUCUAAAAUGGCUUCUGUAAAUGAUAGUUGUUCACCUAUAUUUCGUUCUUCAGUCGAAAUCGCGUCUUCUGGGCCCAAAUUGUCCUGGCAUUAUCAAACCGGGCGUUUGCAAGAUCGGUAUCAUGCCUGGGCAUAGUCAUUCACCUGGCAGCAUCGGAAUCGUUUCUCGUUCAGGAACUCUCACCUAUGAGGCCGUUCACCAGACCACUCAGGUUAGUUUUGCAUCUGUUAAGCCACAGCGCGCGUCUCUCGCUAAUCGUGGUUUCCUCCUGUUUUAAUAACGCCCCUCUGGCCAAACACUUGCUACACCUUUUCCCGUUUUUUCAUUUCCUCAUCUUUCCCUGUCGUGAGUUCCUUCGGUUAGUGACAUGCACUCCAUCCAGUUGAUCGAUUUCUACUCUGUUGCACAUUUGUACCCAGACAGUGAUCGACUUGAGACGAUGGAAUGUAAGCAUUUAUUGUUGUUGUUUCCGAACUUCAUUUCAAGCGGCUGAGUACGUAAGUACCAGAGGACGCCCUGUGCCAUACUUCCAAUCAAUCCUAGGCCUUUUUUCUUGCUGACGUGGCAUAUAAACUACGGCCUGGUUUUAUUUUCCAAAUUCCUUUUCUUUCCUACCUACCUGUGCGUCCAUUCCUUGUUGAUUGUGUACCCAUAAAUUACUGGAACCUCGAGACGAUGAGGCCUGCCUGUUAUCCGGACUGCGGGUUACCUGCUGUGUCCGCUGAUGACGUCUGGCCGUACUGGCUGCAACGGUGUGCCGCGGAAUGAACGGCUUGCCGAACUUGGGGAUUUGGCAACCGUGGCCGCUCUGUGAUCUAAAUGCUUAGGCCAUAGAUGUGUCACAAACCGAACUGCUAUUACACCAUGACGGAUGUUCUUCAUUACCCAACAGGGUUUUGUCCGCCGCCAUUGCCUUGCUAGUUGGAAUCCACUCCAUAGGAUGAGUUCGACUCACGGUCCCGCCUGAACUAUAACUGCAUGGUCUCCCUUGUACUUAAGGCUUUCCUAAUUGGAAUAUUCUGCGGCGUCUGUUGAGACCGACCAUUCCGGACAUCCACUGGUGUGCUGGAUAUAAGGCAGAUAAGCUAGAAUUCUUUUCAGCCAGACCAGAUUUGUCUUGCCAACCAGAGAUCGCACAUAACCACUGUGUGCACCCCUCUCUAGCUAUAGUAUCCGCAUUGUUUACAGGAAAUACCUUCUCACAAGCCCUUCGCAAAGACAACCAACAUGCCAAAAUGCGACAGCUAUCGUCAUUAUCCCAGCAAUUUGUAUGACAGUUCCCGCAAAUAUGCCACCUCAUCCGCCCUACAUUCGAAGUCGACAAGGUGCUCAUGACAGCCUAGUCUGCGUCCCUUCACAUCUUUUGUAUAUGGGUAAUUCAUAUUUACCAAUGUAAGCGGAAUGGCCCUAUAGCCUCUCGCGCUUGACGCGUCGAUUUUUGGAUACCCAUUCUCUGACCGAAAGGCAUAAGUUGCGUCGUUUUGUAAUAGUACUGAUCGCCGAUACACUUAAAAGAGUUGAUUAGUAAUUCUUCUCGCGAAUAUUAUCCGUUUACCUCUUCGGACUCUGAAAUAAUUCAUCGGCGGUAUUUACUAUUUUGGCCGUUUUUUGCACACGCAAUUUGCCGUCAUGCAUCUGCACUCUUCCUGACUAUUUGGUCCUUUCCUGUGCUCCAAUCGUUUCGUGGCAUAUAGUAAUAUGCCCUUACCUUCCAGAUUGAAGUGCUUUAUGCAGACUGGCUGUGUCUGUAAACUGGCGUAAAUUCAGGGGCCUUUCCACCGGUGUGUCUGGCCUUCGAGCCAUGACCGUUUUUCCAUGCGGGGUCUUCUGUGCACGUUUCAUCGGAUUCCCAACUCGGAAUAUCCUAAAGAGGUUGCUAGAGGGCUCUUUCCUGUGUAACAUAAAAGGAAAGACACUUUCCUGAGGACUUUUAACCACCGCUCCACACAUCACCACCUUCACAUUUACUCUCAUGAUUUUUUCUAUGUAAAUUUAUGCUUUCUCCUGUAGGCCGGUCUGGGACAGUCCCUGUGCGUUGGUAUCGGUGGCGACCCCUUCAACGGAACCGACUUUGUCGACUGCUUGGAGGUUUUCCUUCAAGACCCCAAUACGA